AUUUAGCAGACGAAUUCCCAUUGACAUUUGUAAAUUACGCAGCUCGAUUGCAGACUCGCUGCUGCUGCUGAUUUACUGAGUGUGCAGCCAAGCAACCCCGGCGGCGGAGGACGCUUCAAUCCGGCCACAACAAUGUCUGAGUUUCUUUUAGCCUUAGUAGCGAUCUCAGGAUUAUUUCCUGUUGCUAAGGUGCUGGCCGCGGGAGCCGAUCGAGAAGAAGAGCUGUGUGACUUAGGAGAGUUUCUUUGUGAUGAUAAUGUGACUUGCGUAUCUCAAAACUGGCUAUGUGAUGGAGAACCCGACUGUCCAGAUGAUUCAGAUGAAUCUUCAGAUACCUGUCCUGAGGAAAUAGAAUUCAAGUGUCCCCUGAAUCAUAUUACUUGCAUCGGUACAAACAGAUGUAUUCAUUUGUUCCAACUCUGCAAUGGUGUACAUGACUGUUCAGAUGGAUAUGAUGAAGGAGUACAUUGUCGGGAUGUAUGAGGGACUGGUGAUACCAUUAAGGAUGCAUCUCAAGAAGAAAGCCAUGAGAUCCCACUAAGAUCCAAGCAGGAAGGACCCAUUUCUACAUCAAACACAGUUUUUGAGUGUGUGCUCCAAUUUUGGAUCAGAGGCCAGACAAGGUAAAAUUAAAUACCCAUUAUCUUGGGCUUCUUAUGAGAGUAAAAGAAACUCUCUCCGACAUACAAAAACAUCCCACUCUGUACCUGCUUCCAAAAUAAGAUAUCCCUCCCCAAUUCCUUUCAAGUCAGGUGAGUUUUUGCACACAGAUCUCAAGUCUUCUUAAGCUUCUCAGCCAUGAAGGAAGAGUAGGCAAGAGCAAGUUACACUGGUGCCAACUUUGAUGUUUAACACAUCACAAAAUAGACAUCCACCAAUACCAGCCAAGAGUUCCAAGGGAUGGCCAUCUCCCUUUC